GAGAGCUGAAACAAAUUCCAGACGUGACUUCUGCAAAAGCUUUGGCACAGAGGUUCAAACUGGACAAGGACGCUAAAUCGAAGCUCCGCGAGAUCGCCGAGAAGCGAGCGGAAGACGUUGAAGAAGUUAUGGCACAUCUGGAGAAGACACUCCUGAUGUCGCACCAACCCUCGGCUACACUCUGCAAGUUGGCCAAGACCCUGAUGGAUGGUGGAAAGAAGAAGAGUGCCGACGAAAAGUACGUAGGCAAUUCCGACACUGAUGAGCGCAGUCCAGAAGAGAGGCCGCGGAGCCGAAGCCCAGCUCGAAGUGACUGCAGUACAGACAGCAGCAGCAUCCGAAGAAGACGAGCCGUCUUGGAGAAGAGGAGUAGGAGCAGGAGUCAGAAAAGGAAGGGAAAGCCCAAAAAGAAGGACGCUGCUCCAAAGCGGCUGCCGUCUUUGCCGUCUUUGCCGUCUUUUCCGGCGGUGCCGGCUCCGGGCAGCGUUCAAGUGGGAAGCGGAUCUGGUGGAUGGACGGUCACAGAGUGGUGA